CACAGUUUUUGUGACAGACACAGCUGCAGCAGGACAAGAUGGAGCCGAUCUUUUCAUCAUAAAGAGAAGCGGGACAAAGAAAGGCGCAAACUUUGUGAUGAAGAUGAAAAUGAGCCCUUGGCACACACGUUUUCAAGGAGCAUGGAGCUGACCUUUUCAUCAUAAAGAGAAGCGGGACAAAGGAAGGUCAGGUGCAAACUUUGCAACGAAGAUGAAAAUGAACGCUUGUCACACACGUGUCAAGGAGAUGAUUAACGACAGCGUGCGAAGUGACCCAGGGUGUGUGAGUGAUUCUGCCGAUCAAACCUUCGCCCCUUUUCCUCCCGUUGCUUCACACCCAGAAGACAGAUUUCAAGGAUGUUCUGGAGUUACUGCCGGCUCCACAAAUGCCAGUGCGUCCGUCUGAUUCUUACCUGCCUGGUUCUGUCGCUGAUCAUGGUGUGUUGGGACAAAAGCGUCAACCACCUCAAGUCCAAUUCCUGCCCCUCCCUGGUCGACCGCUUCAGGGACGUCAACAAGAGCCUCACCAUCACCCGGGAACAGGCCCGGAGCUUCAGCAACUUCCGCAGCCUGCUGGACCACCCGGACAAAUGCACCGGUGAGGAUGUCCUCCUCCUGGUCUUUGUCAAAACAUCUCCUGGGAACCGUGCCAGGCGUGACGCCAUCAGGUCCACUUGGGGCAGCGAAACCUACAUCCAGCGCACGCUGGGAGUGACUGUGAAGGUGGUGUUCGCCUUAGGAGCCCCUGCCGUGGAUGCAGCUGCUGUUCAAAGGCAGCUCGUCCAAGAGAACCGUCGCAAUGCCGAUUUGAUCCAGCAGGACUUCAUGGACUCCUUCCACAAUCUGACCCUUAAGUUAAUCAUGCAGUUCCACUGGAUGCAUCGCUGCUGCGCUCACGCUCAUUUCCUAAUGAUCACCGAUGACGACAUCUUCAUCCACAUGCCAAACUUAGUGGUGUACCUCCAGGACAAGAGCACGUUAGGCACCACUGACUUUUGGGUGGGCCGGGUGCACUCGGGGGCUCCGCCCAUUCGUAGAAAGAACAGUAAGUAUUACGUGCCUUUUGAGAUGUACCAAUGGCGGUCUUACCCCGACUACACAGCAGGAGGGGGCUCUGUGAUGUCCGGUGACGUGGCCGGCAAGAUCUACCAGGCCACGCUGACGCUGAACGCCUCGCUCUACAUAGACGACGUGUUCAUGGGCAUCUGCGCCAUGGCUGUGGGUGUGUCCCCACAGGCCCAUGUGUACUUCUCAGGGGAGGGCAAGACUCCCCGCCACCUGUGCAUCUACGACCAGAUGAUGACCUCCCACGGCCACACGGAGGAUCUACACGACCUGUGGAAGGCAGCCAGUCACCCCCGCGUGAAAGAGAAGACAUCUGGGAUCUUAGGCCGACUGUACUGCACAGCCACUAAGAUCUGUCUGCUCUGUAACCCCCUCACUUUCAACGGCUAUCCCUGCACAGCCGCGUUUUACUGAGUUGACUUCGUGAUCACUGCUGUCCGUCAAGUCAAACAUGUCUCCUGAUUUGACACUUUCAACACCAGACUCAUGACAGAAACUGUGUGAGAAACACACAACAAAAGGAUAGAGAAGAAGGAGCUUAUUGACUACAGCCUUAGACUACGAUGGUGAACUCUGUCAAAGCUCUUUGGGUGAACAAAUGGGGAAAAACGUCAAAAAUCGGGCAAAAUACAACCUCCGCCAAAAACAUCCACGCCAUGUACGGGUGUAACGACUGAUCGGUCUUUCAAUAGAUCGAUUUCUAUUCCUAAAUUUCGAGUUUAUCCAUCUGUGCUCGGCAAGUAUGACUUCUGGAAGAUAGGUAUCAAUAAGUUUAAAAAAAGAAUCGAUCCCAUUAAUCAAUACUGGAAAAAGAAAACAUUGGGUUUAAGAACGGCGGACUUUAUAUGAAGUUCAGCACUUUUAAAAGUAGUGUAAACGUUAAGUCUGUUUCGCCCGUCCCUUACGUCAUCAAAAGAAAACUGGCGAAAAACUACGGUGACUGAGACAGGCCACACAAACGCCAACAGAAAAUGUCGUUAAUUACAACACACUUUUGAAUACAGCGACAAUAACUACAAUUGACACAACACAAUCAUUUAAAGCCGCAACACAACUUUUCGUCACAAAAGAUACAACUGACAAAACGAAAGUGACAGCGGAGCAAGUUCACCUACAGUGUCCAAUAUCCACUAUUUAUUUCAUAGUCCCACUGCUUGAUUUUUUGCUAGAAUCUUACUGAUUAUAUUUAAAAUCAUUGAAUCGUUUUGGAUCGAAUUGUUCUAAAAAGAAAAGAAAAAGAGAUCGUUCCCGAAUCGUAUCGGCAACCACAAAUAUCGAAUCUUUGUGACAAAUUGUUACACCCCUACCACCGUGCCUUGUUUGAUUUAAAAUUUUCCGGACUUAGGCAGAUCCCAAUUACACAAAAAGAGGUACCAAUAAGAAAAGUGAGUUUUAUUCUUGUAUAGCAGCAAUGUCAAACUUAUAGGGCCCAAUCGCAACCUUGGCUGCACCCAAGGGGCGGUUUGCAACAGUGAAUCCAUCCAUCCAUUCAUCCAUCUUCUAGGGCUUUUUCAUCUCAGGGUCGCGGGGGGGCUGCAGCCUAUCAAAGCCACACUCGGGCCACCAGUCGCCAUCCCCUCACAGGCCCAACACAAACAAGAAUGAAUAUACAUGUAUAAUAGCCUGUUAAACAAUUUGCAUAGACGACUGUCUUUGAUUAUUAAAUGUAUGAUGAAAAAAUGUGAACGUGUCAUAAUCUGUCGGUGGUGAAUCCGAAGAUGCAGAGAUGGCAACCCUAGCACAGGAAAACAUGACAGGAGACAGGAAACAGGAUACUAGGAAAUCAUCGAGCCCUGACUGGAGGGCGAGGCAGGCAUAAAUAGCAGCCAGCUGAUUGACAACAAGUGUGGCCAGGCUACCAGCUCAGGGAGACAAGCACAAAAUGGAACCGAAAUAAGAGCACUGACAGGAAAUAAACACCUUACCAAGGAAACACAACCCGACGUGAAUGUGACAGAUCGGGAGGAGGCUUGUGGGCUUCUGAUGGCCAUCCGUGAAGCAGGAAAGCAGGAGGCCGUGGAGGCGACGAGCAUGGCGGACGUGACGUGGGACGGCCCACCAAAGACGAAGAUGACGGCUCGCCGGAGACAAGGAUGAUGACGGCGUGAUGAUGAACGACCCUAUGGGACGGCCAGCCGGAGACCACCAUCAAGAGACGAAGACUAUGGUGAUGCCGUGGGACGGGCCACCAGAGACAACGAUUGUGUUUCCAGAGCAGGCGGCCGGGCUGUCGGCGUGUCCACAGCUGGCGUCUGCGAUGUCCUCACUUGUAGAGUGACCUUAGCCCCCCCUCAAGGGACGGAUUCCAGACUUCCAAAGAAAGACUGAAAGAGCGGGGAGGGACCUGGGGCGUCUCGGGUCCUGCCGACUCUGGCCGCCCCCCUGGAACAGACGACAGGGACGGUGGGAGGGAGCCGAGGAACCAGCCCAUGCCGCGCUCAAGCUACAGAGCUUGUCCAUCAAGGAGAUCAUGCAGGCACACUUCUCGUCGGCGACAUUAAUUACAACACAACAAUUUACAGCAGAAGUGCAAAUGCCACAACUACAAUUGACACAACACAACAAUUUAAAGCCGCAACACAGCUUUUAGCCCCAAAAGAAGCAACUGACAAAACAACUACUAUUUAUUUCACAAUCAUAAUGCUUGAUUUGUUUGCUAAACUGUUACUGAAUCGUUUUGGAUCGAUAUGUUAAAAAAAAAAAAAUGUUCCUGAAUCGUAUCGGCAACCACAAAUAUCGAAUCAAAUCGAAUCGUUGUGACGGAUCAAUACAACCCUACCAUGCCUUGUUUGAUUUCACAUUUGCAGGUUUUCGGCAGGACCAAAAUACACAAAAAGAGGUACCAAUAACAAAAGAAAAGUGAGUUUUGCACAAUAGGCCCCUUUUAUCCUUGUAUAGCAGCGGCCCCGCCGCAACCUUGGCUGCACCCAGAAGGCAAAGUGCACCCUGGACAAGUCGCCAAAUCAUCACAGGGCCAACACAAACAAGAAUGAAUAUAAAUGUUUAAUAGCCUGUGUCACA